AUGAGCACUGGUGGGAUUAAACCGUGUGUUUCUGCACUCGGCGGUGAUCAGUUCAAGCCCCAUUACACUCUAAUGAUCUCCCUCUAUUUCUCGAUAUUUUAUUUCACAAUCAAUGCCGGAUCCACAAUUUCUUCAUUUGUUUCGCCAAUCAUGCGAUCUAAGCCAUGUUUGGGACAUGACAGUUGUUAUCCACUUUCUUUUGGUAUCCCCGCAGUUUUGAUGAUCAUUGCGAUUGCUAUUUUCAUGGCUGGAUCACCAUUUUAUAAAAAAUUAAAGCCAAAGGAGAACACGAUUGCCCGAGUAGCCGGAACGAUCAAGAAAGCUGUUGGAAAUAAGCUGAAAAGAGGAUCACCAAAGAGGACACAUUGGCUCGAUCAUUUCUUGGAUAAUCACAAAUGUGCUGAUGAUCUGAAAUGCAUAGAAGCCAAAGGGAAAUGUGCACAGAAAAGAUUCGUUAAAGACGUGAAAGAGUUGGUGAGAGUGGCAGUGAUCAUGCUACCCGUGCCUUUCUUUUGGACACUUUAUGAUCAACAGGGUUCUCGUUGGGUGAUCCAAGCUGUAGCAAUGGAUUCCAAAAUCGGCGAUUCUUUCUCGCUUCUUCCCGAUCAAAUGAGCACACUGAAUGCCCUUCUCAUUAUGAUAUUCAUUCCAAUAUUUCAGGGUUUCAUUUAUCCAAGUGUCGAGAAGUUGGGAAUCCGAUUGACUCCAUUGAGGAAAAUGGUGGCCGGCGGAUUUUUGGCUGUGCUUUCAUUUGUCAUUUGUGGCUUUCUGCAAUUGGCUGUGAAUCAAACCCUGCCCGAUAUUCCGUCAUCAUCGACAGCUUUUGUAUCAGUUGUGAAUGGAUAUCCAACUGGAACAUGUGAUUUUGAGAUCUCUGGAAUACCCGGAUAUGAAUCAAAGUUCAUAAGCGCAAACUCGUCUUUUAUUGAUAACAAAAUCGAUGACAUUAAACAAUUGUAUCGAUUGAGUGUCGGGAAAGGAGGCAGAAGUUAUCAGAUUGUCUUCACACCCAACAAAAAUUCGAGUGCUUGUGAUUCGACGAGUUUCACCGUUUCAGCCCAUUUCAUUGGCGGGAAAUCGUACAUGGUCACACUUUUGCCGAUGGGGAGAACAUUUGUCCGAGAGGCACAAUGGGAAAAGCCCACCGAAGGACAGGGACAAUUUGCGAUUGGGUUAACAGUCGUUCUGCCAUGCAAUCGUUUCAAAUUGAAUGGAACUUCUUGCACGAAUGGCUCAUUCAAUGGAAGCUUUGCCUUGUGUCGAUACGAUAAGGAAUGUGAUCCACAAAAGCAUGAUUGGUAUUAUGCAUGGAAGAGCAGUGAUAAUAAGAAGUUCAAAUAUUUGGACGUUUCAAAUCAGAAUGGAGCUUCAUUGCAAGGAUUCUCAUUGGACUAUAUUGAUGUGAAGCCUGGGACCUUUCGAUUGUAUCUUGUCAAUUACAUGAAAGAUUACAAAGGAGAUCAUUCACCGAAGAAAUCAGAGAUUCAAGUGGAACCAUUCGAUGUCUAUCUACAAGUGAAGCGAAUGGGUGGUGUCUACGCGUGGACAGUUGCCGACGAUCAGAAUGGAAAUAUAAUCUCGACGCUUCACACAAUUGUCCCCGAGAAUCACAUGAAUAUUUUAUGGCAGGUUCCUCAAUACUUUGUAAUCACAGCGGCAGAGAUUCUCUUCUCGAUCACUGGACUCGAGUUUGCCUAUUCACAGUUAGCCCCGAGUCUUAAAGCGCUCGUCUCGGCAAUGUGGUUGUUGACGCAAGCUGUCGGCGAUGCAAUUAUUAUUAUAAUGGACGAACUAGAUCUUUUUGAUAACUUGGCCACCGAGAACUUCACUUAUGCCGGGAUUAUGUUCGUUGUUGUGUUCAUUCUCAUGUUAUUAUCGAUAUUUUAUUACGAGUAUAAAGAGAUUAAACCGAAUGGAGAAGACGAUGAUGAAGAGAUCGAAGAAUCAAAUGGGGAAAGGAACGGCUUCUCAAUGACUCUUCAAAAUGGUGGCUUUCAUGAUGAUGAAUUGCUAACAAAGUUA